GCUCCGGGCGGACACGUCGAGGGAACCGAACCGGCCGCCGCGCUCCUCCUCCGCAUCCCGAGCCGUGCCAUGCGGUGAGCGCCCGGCCCGACCCGACUGGACCCGGCCCGACCCGGCCCAACCAGACCCGACCGACCCGACCGGACGCCCAGACCCGCCGACACCCGCCCGGACACUGACGCCCGGGACCCCCGCUGCUCACGAUGUCCCCAGGCGGCGCCCUCCUGCUCGCCUCCCUGCUCCUCGCCGCCCUGCCGGCCGCCCGCGGGUCCCCGGUGAAGGAGAAGAGGGGCUGGACCCUGAACAGCGCCGGCUACCUUCUGGGCCCACAUGCCGUCGACAACCACAGGUCAUUCAAUGACAAGCACGGCGGCCUUGCUGGCAAGCGGGACCUGCGGCCAGAGGACGGCGCGGGGGCAGGCGACUUGGAGCGGCCGCUGCCAGUGGGCGAUGAUGAUGUGCGGAAGAUAAUGGAGUUUCUGACGUUCCUGCAUCUCAGAGAGGCCGGGGCCCUGCUGCCCAUGCUCCCCUCGGCCGCGUCCUGGGAAGACACGGAGCUGCCAGCCCGGAGGGAGCCGGGCCGGGCCCUCCCGCCCCAGGACGCCAGGCUCUGAGCCGAUGGUGAGCUUUCGGCUCCCGAGGAAACCAGCCCCUCCACCCUGGGAAGCUGUUGUAAUUUACGAUUCCCCUCGGCAAUCAUUCUAGUGGCAAAAUAAAAACCAGCAAGUGUU